CCCCUCUUCUUCCUUCCCCUGGGUCCCCACAGGCGCGACUCGGGACCUGGGCGGUCGGGGGACUCUCCAGGUGCCGGGCCAGGCUGUCACCCAUGCACGCUGGGCAGAAGGCCUGGCAGCCCCUGCCCGCUCCCUUCUACCCACAGAGGCUCAGCAAGACGUCCUCUGUCUACAGCUGCCUCCCAAACCAAACUUCCGGAUGCCGGUCCCACCCCUGGCCUCGUGGGACCAGCCCCUUCUUCCCCUGAGAAUUCCAAGGAGGUCCUAGGGUCCCAACCCACGGCUUCGCAAAGGCCUGUCUGAUGCCUCCGACCCAGGGCUCCGCAGCCACAGCCAGGGCGGAGGGGACCGUCCCUCCUCCCUCCUCCCCGCCUUCCCUCCGUCCUCAGCACCCACUCUUUCCUGAGCGCCCUCUGGGAGCCGGUGCAGUUCUAGACACUGGGGGUUGGGGGGGGGAUGUCCCUGAGAGGGGGGUCACAGGCAGCAAGGAGGCUCCGCGCAGGACGAGUCAGCUGCAGGGGCUGCCGGUGCUGCAGAAGCCAGGGCAGUAGAGGUGGCAGCAGGGUGGGGGUGGGGUAAGGGUGGCCCAGAAAGGUCUCUCUGAGCAGGUGGCCAAGCGGGAACCAUGCAGGAGCCCAGCAGAGGGGCCCAGAGGCCGCACGGGGGCCGGUGAGGAGAGCUUCCUGUUCCAGCCCUGGCAAAGGCACCAACUCCCCGUGGGGAGCCAGGGCCUGAGCUGCCUGGGAGACCCGCACCACAGCUGCAGGAGGGGUGCUGGGCCUUUACCCAGCGGGGCUGGACCGCCCCGUCUGCCUCCAGGCACUGGGGCCAAGCCCAGCCAAGCCCGGUGGCACCCGGGGAGAGGCAUCCGCCCUGCGGGGCGGCCGGUUAAUGAUUGGCUGCCUUGUUCGGGGUUGUAGAUGCCACCGAUGGCCCAGUCCCAGGCCGUCGCGGGAAGGGCUGCCCCGGGCUGGCGCCCACACCAGUGUUUCGGGUUAUACGGCAGCUUUUGAGUUUGAGCUCUCGCUGUCACCACGUGGGCAGGGAGCCGCCUCCCCAGAACCCACGGGGAGUCAUAGGGCAGCAGGGUGGUGGGCUGGCCCAGCUCCUAGGGGUCUGGGCCUCUAGAAGGGAUGGGGAGUGGGGCAUGGGCUCCGGGGGAGGACGACCUGGGGGUUCUGAAACUGUGCUCAGGCCAAGGGGAAGACAAGUGGCCUGCAGGUGACCAGGGGAUCCACUGCCCGCCCCCGGGUGCUGCACCCAGCAGGCCCAGGCAGGGGGCCACCAGCUCCCGAGGUCAGGCUGCCUGCCCCUCAGUCCAGGACUUGGGUGGAGGAGCUCUCCGCCCCUCCAGAGUAACCGACAGCUACCCUUGGGCAAAGGGGUGUCAGACCACAGUGCAGCAGAACGGAGCCCUGCAGGCCCCCAACACCUGGUGCAGGCAGGCACACAGGACGUGGACACACAUGGCACGGGGACCACCAUCCACCCUACAAGAAGCAAGUGAAGGCUCCCUAAGGAGAGACACCCUGGUGACCCAUGCAAGGCUCUGGAGGACAGAGGCAGGGGGCCAUGCAGGGCAGCCAGCGGCCCUCCCACACGCCCUGGCCUCCCAGACCUGGGCGUGAGCUCCUCUCAGCCCCUUGCGGAGGCACGGGUUUGCUGAGCGCCCACUUUCUGUUCUGUAAAGAGGCCGUGGUAAGGGGAGAUGAAAUAACACAGGUUCACGAGGGUCUUCCAUUCAUCACACCGGAGCGCCAUUUCCCGCCAGACUUUUUACCUGACCAGCCGGCAGGGAGGCCAAGCGCAGAGAUGCCGACACCAGAUGGACAGUCCCUGCAGGCCCCACAGUCACCACAGAGACGGGAGCCACCCACAAGAGGAAGCCCAAAUCCAGGACGCUGGGCAGCACCCCUCCCCGGGCAGGGCGGGCCUGACUGCGUGCCCAGUUCAAGGGCUAGGACCACGGGCCGCCCAAAGGGCCCGCAGAGGGGUGGGGGCCACGUCUUCCCAGAGGUGCCCCCUCACCAGUGCCCCAGCGCCUGCGGCCCGCAGCCGCACCCACUUCCUCCACUGCCAGGGACCACCUCCUCGGACCCAGAGCUGGACGAUGCUGACACUGCCAGGCCCCGGGCCGCCCUCCUGGAGAAGCACCCGCUGGAGGGGGAGAAGCAGCGGCCCGGCACCGGGCAGGGCCCCUUCUUCUACAUCGGAGGCACCAACGGGGCCGCAAUAAUCAGCUCCUAUUGCAAAAGCAAGGGCUGGCAGCGCAUCCAGGACAGCCGGCGGGAAGACUACAAGCUCAAGUGGUGCGAGGUCAAGUGCAGGGACACCUACUGCAGCUUCCGGGAAGGUGAGCAGCUGCUGUACCAGCUCCCCAACAGCCAGCUCCUUACCACCAAGAUCGGGCUUCUCAGCGCCCUGAGGGAGCACGCGCGUGUCCUCAGCAAGACCAGCAAGCUGGCCCCCUGCGCACAGGCCAAAUCUGGAAAGGACACGACACCCGCCCCAGAAGAGCUCAUGUGGAGCAGCUCAGGACACCUUGGGCCACAGAGCGUCCUGAAAAUGGAAGACUUUUUCCCAGAGACCUACCGUCUGGACAUCAGGGACGAGAGAGAGGCUUUCUUUACCCUCUUUGAUGCUCUCUCCGCAGAAACCCAGAUGUGGAUCUGCAAGCCCACCGCCUCCAACCAGGGCAAAGGCAUCUUUCUGCUCCGGAACCAGGAGGAAGUCGCCGCCCUCCAAGCCAAGACCCAGAGCAUCGAGGACGACCCCAUCUACCGCAAGAUGCCCUUCCGGGCGCCUCAGGCGCGGGUCGUGCAGAGGUUUUGCGCGUGGGCACCCCGAGGGGCGUUGGCCAGGUACAUCCAGAACCCGCUGCUGCUGGAUGGGAAGAAGUUCGACGUGCGCUCCUACCUGCUCAUCGCCUGCACCAUGCCCUACAUGGUGUUCUUCGGCCACGGCUACGCUCGCCUCACCCUCGGCCUUUAUGACCCCCAAUCCAGCGACCUCUGUGGCCAUUUAACCAACCAGUUCAUGCAGAAGAAGAGCCCCCUGUACCUGCUGCUCAAGGACGACACGGUGUGGAGCAUGGAGCACCUCAACCGCCACAUCAACGACAAGUUCCGCAAGGCCAAGCGCCUCCCCCGGGACUGGGUCUUCACCACCUUCGCGAAGCGGAUGCAGCAGAUCAUGGCCCACUGCUUCCUGUCUGUCAAAUCCAAGCUCAAGUGCAAGCUGGGCUACUUUGACCUCAUUGGUUGUGACUUCUUGAUUGAUGAAAACUUCAAGGUGUGGCUGCUGGAGAUGAGCUCCAACCCUGCCCUGCACACCAACUGUGAAGUCCUGAAAGAGACCUGGCACUCGAGACCUUCCAGAAGAGGCUGCGCGGCCAGAAGAUGCUGCCGCUGCUGUCCCAGCGCCACUUCGUGCUCCUGCACAACGGCGAGGCAGACCUGUGGCCGCGCCCCGGGAGCUCCCGCAGCGUCCCCCGCCCGCCGUCGUCGCCGCCCGCCGCGUCCCCCGCUCUCCGCGCCGCCGGCAGGCCGGGCGCGCGCAGGCCCGCACCACGCCGGGGCCCCAGCGGCGCGCCCGGGCGGCCCUCCUCCGCACAGCGGCGCCCCCGGCCUCCGACCCCCAGCCCCGACGGCGCCCAGGGCGGGGACCCCGAGGCCCCGGGCGGCGGGAAGCCGGCGCGGGAGCCUUCCCCGGGGUCGUCGGAGGAGGAGCGCAAGAACGCGGGCCACCGGCGCCCUCGCGGGGGCCUAUAAAAGCUGCUUUUUUUGUUACAAACGCGACCUCUGCAGCUGGUCCGCGGGUUCCCCGCACACCGGGCCCCGAGACCCCCUCCGGCAGCCUCCCUGCGCCCCGUGAGCCGCUACUCCACUGCUGGGGCCCGUCCCUGGGGGGACACGAGGGUCGAGGGAUGGGGGUGUCUGCCCGGCAGGAAAGGGAGAUGAGGCCCCCCGUGCCCCUGACUCUGCCCACCGUGGGCUGCUUCCAGUUCCUGGGCCCCCUCACCUACGUCCCUCGUCCACCCGCCCUGCAAUCUCACAACCCACCUGACCUCUACUGCCUGGGUCGGUGGUCCCCAGGAAAGGCGCCCAGUGUCCCCCAGUCAAGGGUCUAGAGCCUCACGGACCCCUCUCGAUUCCCUUAGGAAGGCUUCCUCACACCCAACAUGUUCCUCCGAGCUGCGGUCCCCGCCCUGCCCAGGGUCAGCUCCUUUCUGGGCCUUCGGAGCACCAGCGCCCUGAGCUCUCCUCCACCUGCGGCGCCCGGACUCUACAGCAGGCAGAGACCUGCAGAGGCCGGGAGGACCCAGGCUGUGGGUGACCGGCAUAUGGUCGUGGCAGGACAGCGCCCUGAGGGAAGUGCCGAGCCAGCAGGUCCCUGUGUGCCCUGUGUGCCCAGCCUCAAGGCUCCUAGGAGAUUCAGGGCCUCUCAUGUGUCCACACCCCUGCCACCAAGCGUCCUGGGGCAGCCAUAAUCCCCUCUCCACCCUGGCCUUCCCCCCCCCCCCCCAGUCCAGACCCCAGGGUCUGGGCAGCCCCAUCCCUAGGCCCACCCUAGCUGUCACAGCGUCCCCCUGCCCUCAUCUCUCCAAACGGUCACCGCCAAGCCACAUGCCCUCCUCCUGCCCUGCACACCCUCGCUCAGUACCUCAGCGGGCUCCACCAAGGGGGGAGGGGCCGCCGGGACCCCUGCUGUGCCCUGCAUUGGCGUGCUGGUGGGACCCGAGGGGCACCGACCUGUCCUCCCCCGCUGCCCCCCCACUCCUUUCCCAGGGAUGCAACGGCCACAGCACCGCUAGAGGGCGGCGGGCACUGACCGCCGAGCCUCCGGCCAGCCCACUGGAGGUAUGCAGCCAGGGAGCCAGGGAGCCAGGGAGCCAGGGAGAGAAGAGCCAGAUGGAAAGCGGGGCUCAGAGAGGUAGAGUCAGUCCUCCCAGGUCACAGAGCCAGUGAGGGGCCCAGGCCAGGGCUCACCUGCCUUGUCACUCACAGCCCACCCACCCUCCCACCACCACUGCACCCCGUCGUCGUCCUGCUGCUGUGGCCCAGAGUGUGGGGUCCCCAGGGCAGGAGCACACUUGUCACUGGGUGACUGGGGUCUGGGAACCCUGAGUCCCCUCCCAGUACGUCUGGUGGUCUCUCCAUGAGGGGUCAAGCCCAGCACUGCGUCCUCUGCAGCCUGCUGGCCAGCUCUGUGUCUGAAGACCCGUCUCCAUCAGGGAGAGGUGGCCUCCUCGGUGGGCAGAGCACACCCAGGUCUUUGUAAAACCCACGCCUGUGUCUUCGGGGUCAGGACCACUUUCCUUGCUGGCAUCCAGGACACUACACAGCCAUGUCACCUCGGGGUCACCCCCUUAACUCGCCCAAGGGGCCUCUAGACCCCAUGUCUCAUCUCUGAGGCCUCUCCCACCCCCUCCUCACAUCCUGCCCACGGGGCCUCUGCCCACGCUGUCCUGUGGCUCACGAUGUGGCCCGUGGUGGCAGCAGUGCUGCUCCAGGACCUUCCAACUCUCCUCCAGCCUUGGCGGGACUGUUCCCCUGCUGGUCAGGGCGGUGUCUACGGAGGCGACCCGAUCCUCAGGGAGCAGCUGUCCCUGCCGCCUCCAUCAUCCCUAGGCCCUGAGUGCGUGCAAUGGCCCACAGGGACCGUGGUGGGCUAAGAAGUGCAUGUCCUGACUGGACCUCCGCCCCCGGGCUCCCCCAAAGCCCUGGACUGUCUGCUGCUCUUGGGCGCCUGGUUACCCCAAGAGCCUGGAGUUCAAUAAAUGAGGUUUCCUUGCUA